CGUGGUUACCACACCGGUGAUGAUGGUAUGAUAACAGGGCUGACAGACCACCGUCCAAGCUGACAGUCAAAAUCAAUUGAAAAGCCAAAAAAUAUAUAGGCCUACAGGUAGAUUUGGCUCUGGAUGUAGAUAAAAACAUGGCCCCCAUCCCAUCACUCCAGGACCUCUUGGUUCAGACCUUGCUCUCCUGGUGUAAAGAAACCUUGGUCUUUAGGCACAGUAUCCAUGUUCAGGGCCUCCUCAGUAUUAAAAGGGACGGUGAGCUGGCAUUGGUAGAAAUAGACAACUGGAUUCAUCACAAUGAUGAAGAGGGGCGUCCUCCAGCAGAUAGCAAGGGGAGUCCAAGACAAGGCUCUUGUAAGAAGAAGAUACAUUCCAGAGGCAACUGGUCAUCAAAAAAACUAUCACAGAAGGAAAAUAGAAUGAAGGGUGACAUAUCAACAUCAGGAAGGACAAAAACGACAAAGUCCCCCGUGCAGUGUCCUCCCCAGUCUGCCACAUCACAGGACAGCACACUGGGCACAUGCUCAGACAGCGAGGCAGGGAGAGAGGUGAUGGAUGACCACAGCCCCAGUGGUGGACAGGACAGAAGUGCUGACAGUGAAAUGAGUGACAGUGCCAAACUUUACAAAGACAAAGUGCCCACAGUAUCUCACAAGGCCCAAGGGGUCAGUGAAGUGGACAUUGAGCAGAACAAAGAUGAAGAACACACCUGUAAACAUGUAGAUUUACAUCAUAAACAAGUCGGUAAAAGAUGUCAACAAGAUGCAUCUCCCCAUGAAAACGACUUGAAAGGCAGCAGCAACCAUUUUCUUCUCCAAAGACCCGAUUUAGAUGAUAUUAAUCCAGAAAUGGAGAAAAGCAAAUUGGACAAGGAUGACAUCUCGGGACUACACGCUGAACAAUUUGAAAGGAGCAACCUUCCUGGUCAGGAUUAUGCAACGUGUAAAAUGUGCCAAAAGGUUUUUAUAUCAAACACUGUUUUACAACGCCAUAUGAAAACAGUGCACCAGCGAGUGCAGGAGUUGUACAAAUGCAAAUUCUGUGAGAAACCCUUUGCACGCGCUUGUGCAGUCACCAACCACGAGAAGAUUCACACGGGUGUCACGCCCUUUAAGUGCCAACAUUGCGAACACGAGUUUGAAACUAAAAAUGCAUUAGAGAAUCACGAGUUGUUGCAUGUAAAUGCGGGUGUUAAGGCUCAAGUCAGUCGAUAUGUCUGUUCGUAUUGUAGUCGAACUUUUAAGUCGCGAUCAGUCUUCAAACGACAUUUACGCAUCCACACUGGAGACAGGCCAUACAAAUGCCGCUACUGCAGCAAGCGCUUUAACCAGAUGCCCAAUUGUACAAUUCAUGAGCGUGUGCACACAGGAGAGCGCCCGUACCAGUGCAUGUACUGCGGCAAGGCAUUCGCCACGAAUCACAAACUAAAAAAUCAUGAAAACACACACAUAGGGGAACGCUCCCAUAAGUGUCCGUUCUGCGAGAGGACGUUCACCACAGCCAGAGACAAGUGCGUGCACGAGCGCACGCACACGGGCGAGAAACCCUUCUCCUGUCAGUACUGUGGCAAGACCUUCUCUGAUCUCUCCAACAUGAAAGUACACGAGAGAAUACACACCGGAGUCAAACCUUACAGCUGUAACCUCUGUCAGCAGGGAUUUAACAGGAAAUCUCACCUGGUGAAUCACAGUAGUCAUUGCCACCAGACCUACUCUGGUUUCCCGGCAAACCUGCCAGACUUUAACAUGUACAUUCCCCAGACUUUGCUAGAGCCCAGUUCAGACUUGCCUUUGGGAUAUUAGAAAUCUACCUGGACCAAUGUGAGAGCUCCCUGCUGAUAUUGAACAGGUAAUUGAGGAAGGCAUUAAGUACACAAAGGAAGAAAAAGAUGGCCCAAAGAACUCCGCAAAAGGCUGUAUCUGAAGCACAAAUGAAUUUGAAGACCCUCAGCCUGUCAUCAUGUGCAGACUUUUAAAUGACUGAAAUAACAGUAAAAAAAUGGCAUAACCGAGGCAAAUACCAGAUCAUGUACGCCUGCAUCAAUUGAGUGGGAGCCUAAGGAAUAAAAACAUCCACCUUUGAUUCUACUUGUAGCCGCUGACCAUUUGUUUUAAGAGGUCUUCUGAGCUACCUGCUGGAAGAUAUAUACCUUGUUAGGAGUUUUGGAACAUUACCCGGUACACUUUCCACAGGAGGCCUCAUAAAACAAAUAUAGUAAUUGGAUGUCGCAGCUGACGGAAAAUACCAAUAGUUUAUUUGAUAAGAUAAAUUGACAUGGACAACAAAGUGAAAAAGAUAGGAAGUACAUGUACAACAUUUUCAUUUCUUGAUUAAUUUACAUUUCUCACAAGACAAAAGCAGUUGGAGACCUCGGGUAGAUUUGAGAAAGACAAAAGUAUGUUUUCUUUGUUGAUUGUCUGAUUGAUGAUGUGAUAAUAAAUUGC